CUCGCGGACACUGUAAUAAGCAUACAAGAAUUUCACUCAGUUAAUUAUAUAGCUGGAGUUGAACAUGACUGCAACUUCUCAUGCAAAGUGGAGCAAACAGGAGGAAGAUAGGUGACGAUAAACAGGAGAAAGGAUGUGAUAUAUAACAUGGAUUCUGCACUGGGUUCCAAGUUUUCUUUAGUGACUAAAACAUAAAGGAAUAUUAAACCGCAUGGGUUUGCUUCCGUGAUCGAGCGACAGGAGCUAAAGAGCAAUUUUUUGAGCGGCGGGCUUCAUCAUGACUGGGGCCUCUAAUGUCACCACUGCUACUGCCUAAAAGGAAGAAAUGGGAGCCUCACGCAUACAAUAUAAACCCUCUGGCUACGAAAACUGUAGAUCUUGUAAAAGCUAAGGGUGGCAAAGUUACCCGAGAUCCUGGUCCUGUCAAAGGUGGUAGUACGGUAAUUGCUUUCAUUGAAGAUCCAGAUGGUUACAAGUUUGAGCUUUUGGAGAGAGAGCCUACUCCCGAGCCCCUAUGUCAAGUAAUGCUGCGAGUGGGUGAUCUUGACCGCUCGAUAAAUUUCUAUAAGAAGGCUUUUGGCAUGGAGCUUCUCCGGAAAAGAGAUAACCCUGAGUAUAAGUACACAAUAGCCAUGAUGGGCUAUGGUCCUGAAGACAAAAAUGCAGUUCUGGAAUUGACAUAUAACUAUGGGGUCAAAGAAUAUGACAAAGGAAAUGGUUAUGCCCAGAUUGCGAUAGGUACAGAUGAUGUCUAUAAAGCUGCAGAAAUAGUCAAACGGAGUGGAGGGACUAUUACCCGUGAACCUGGGCCAUUGCCUGUUAUCAACACCAAGAUUACAGCCUGCUUGGAUCCUGAUGGUUGGAAAUCGUACACAAUAGCCAUGAUGGGCUAUGGUCCUGAAGACAAAAAUGCAGUUCUGGAAUUGACAUAUAACUAUGGGGUCAAAGAAUAUGACAAAGGAAAUGGUUAUGCCCAGAUUGCGAUAGGUACAGAUGAUGUCUAUAAAGCUGCAGAAAUAGUCAAACGGAGUGGAGGGACUAUUACCCGUGAACCUGGGCCAUUGCCUGUUAUCAACACCAAGAUUACAGCCUGCUUGGAUCCUGAUGGUUGGAAAUCGGUCUUUGUCGAUAAUACUGAUUUUCAGAAGGAACUAGAGUGACAGGGCAUUAUUGUCAUUAUAGCAGCCACAUCUCUUGUUUGAAUCUAUGGAAAGGUCCAUAAUUAUGCCCAGUAGAAUCUUCGCUGUUGUUAGAUCAAUUCUGCCAAAAGUGCCCAGUGAGAGAUA